AUGUUAUUACAAACUUUAAUACUGGGGACGUUAUUCCUAGUUCAACAAAUCCAAGCAGAUUCUUCAGUGAUCAAAUGUGAUGCUGAAAAUAAAUGUCCCGAAGAUACACCAUGUUGUUCCUCGGGUGGUGAAUGUGGUACUGGUGUGUACUGUUUAGGUAGUUGUAACCCAGCUUUUUCGUUCAAUAUUGAAGCAUGUAUGCCCAUGUCUAUAUUUGAAGACUCUAGAUUCACAUUUAAUAAUAAUUAUUCAUCAAAAGUUUUGGAUUCCAAUACGUAUUUGGGAGAUGCUAGUAAAGCUGAUUGGACAUACACUGGGUAUUUGGUGGAUUAUCCCGAUGAAGAUAGUAUGAUUUUGGCAAUGCCCAAGGACACUACUGGUACCGUGUUGUCGUCUACAAGAUAUCUGUGGUAUGGUAAAGUUAGUGCGAGAUUAAAGUCGUCGCAUUUGGCCGGUGUUGUCACUGCAUUUAUUUUAUAUUCUCAAGUGGAAGAUGAAAUCGAUAUGGAAUUUAUUGGGUCUGCAUUGAAUGUUGUUGAGACGAAUCAUUUCUGGCAAGGUGUUUUGAACCAUACGUUAUAUGGGAAUAUCACAGUGAACAAUUCGUUUGAUGAUUUCCAUACAUACGAGAUGGAUUGGCAAGAAGAUUACAUCAGUUGGUCUGUGGAUGGUCAAGUUGAAAGAACGAUGUUCAAGAAUGAGACAUAUAAUGAGACGACCGGGGUUUAUCAAUUCCCACAAACGCCAGCCAGAAUCCAAGUGUCUAUUUGGCCCGGUGGUGAUGCGUCGCAACCACAAGGUGUUAUUGAAUGGGCCGGUGGUGCUAUUGAUUGGGAUUCUAGUGAUAUCAAGGACAAUGGGUAUUAUUAUAUGGUGUUGAAUGAGUUGAAUGUUACUACGGCGAAUGUUCCUGAUGGCACUGUUCAGAAUGGUACCAAGGCGUAUGUUUACACAUCUGAGGAUUCAUUUUUACAAAAGGAUGUUGCGAUUGUGGAUAAGCAGGUGUAUUUGGCAUCUGAGAAGGAUUCUGGGUUGGAUCCAAACAAUAGUACAUCGAGUUCGAGCAGUUUGUCCAAAUCUAGUUCAAGCUCACGCAGCUCAAGCAGCUCAAGCAGCUCACACAGCUCAAGCAGCUCACACAGCUCAAGCAGCUCAAGCAGCUCAAGCAGCUCACGCAGCUCACACAGCUCACGCAGCUCAAGCACACAUAGUUCCAGCACGUUAGGUGCCCAUGCGUUUUCCAACAGCACAAACAGCUCAAGUGUAAGUUUCAGCAACGAAACUUCAACGAGUAUCUAUACCGGUGUUGAUAUCAACACGUUAACCAAGACCAGUUCGUCUUCCAAUGGAUUGUCACCUGAACAAUCGACUGGGUUCAUCCAAAACAUGAAAACCACUGGCCAAAGCAGAUUGAGUGCCGGAGACGGGUUUGCGCUGAUGCGUAACAACGGGAUUUUGAAAGUGGUGUUAGCCGCGCUUUGGUACAUCAUCUGA